CUGAGGCGGCGGGUGGAAGAACGCGGCCCUCUGUAAUGGCGGAGCGUGGCGGGGACGGGGGGGACGGUGAGCGAUUCAACCCGGGGGAGCUCAGGAUGGCUCAACAGCAGGCCUUGAGGUUCCGAGGCCCAGCUCCCCCACCAAAUGCAGUGAUGCGAGGCCCACCACCUCUCAUGCGACCUCCUCCACCUUUUGGUAUGAUGCGAGGCCCUCCUCCACCACCUCGGCCCCCAUUUGGACGUCCUCCUUUUGAUCCUAAUAUGCCACCAAUGCCUCCCCCAGGAGGGAUUCCUCCACCUAUGGGCCCUCCACACCUCCAGAGACCACCUUUCAUGCCUCCACCCAUGGGAACCAUGCCUCCUCCACCGGGUAUGAUGUUUCCACCAGGAAUGCCUCCUGUGACUGCUCCUGGUACUCCAGCGCUGCCUCCUACUGAGGAGAUAUGGGUUGAAAAUAAAACUCCAGAUGGGAAGGUUUAUUAUUACAAUGCUCGGACACGUGAAUCUGCAUGGACCAAGCCAGAUGGAGUUAAGGUCAUUCAGCAGUCAGAACUGACACCUAUGCUUGCAGCCCAGGCCCAGGUUCAGGCCCAGGCCCAGGCCCAGGCCCAGGCACAAGCUCAAGCUCAAGCUCAAGCUCAAGCUCAAGCGCAGGCCCAGGCACAAGCGCAGGCGCAGGCACAGGCACAGGCACAGGCUCAGGCUCAGGCUCAGGCUCAGGCUCAGGCUCAGGCCCAGGCCCAGGCCCAGGCCCAGGUGCAGGCGCAAGUGCAAGCACAAGCAGUGGGAGCUUCCACCCCUACGACCAGUAGCCCAGCACCUGCGGUAUCCACUUCAACGUCAUCAUCAACCCCAUCCUCUACCACUUCUACCACAACAACUGCCUCUUCAGUUUCGCAGACAGUAUCAAAGUUUCCAGUUUUUCUAAUUGAGGAGGCAAGAAUAAUGCAUGUGAAACAAUUAGAGAAUAGCGUGCAAAGUUAUGCAGCGAAAAUAGAAGAUAUAAGAAUUCAAGAAAACGGAGAGACAACACCCACAACACAAGAUCAGACCCCAAGUUCUGCUGUUUCAGUUGCCACGCCUACAGUUAGUGUUUCAACUCCUGCUCCUACAGCCACACCUGUGCAAACUGUUCCUCAGCCACACCCCCAGGCGUUACCUCCUGCCGUUCCUCAUUCAGUACCUCAGCCAGCAGCAGCAAUACCUGCUUUUCCACCAGUAAUGGUACCUCCAUUUCGUGUUCCCCUUCCUGGCAUGCCAAUUCCACUUCCAGGUGUAGCAAUGAUGCAAAUAGUCAGCUGCCCGUAUGUAAAGACAGUCGCUACCACCAAGACCGGUGUAUUGCCAGGAAUGGCCCCUCCUAUUGUACCCAUGAUACACCCCCAGGUUGCUAUUGCAGCUUCACCUGCUACCUUAGCUGGAGCAACAGCAGUUUCUGAGUGGACUGAAUAUAAAACAGCAGAUGGGAAGACAUAUUAUUAUAAUAAUAGAACAUUAGAAUCAACCUGGGAAAAACCCCAAGAGCUAAAGGAAAAAGAAAAAUUAGAGGAGAAGAUUAAAGAGCCAAUUAAAGAACCUUCUGAAGAACCUCUGCCAAUGGAAACGGAGGAGGAGGAUCCUAAAGAAGAGCCAAUAAAGGAGAUAAAAGAGGAGCCCAAAGAAGAGGAGAUGACUGAGGAAGAAAAGGCUGCCCAGAAGGCAAAACCAGUGGCUACUACUCCUAUUCCUGGUACUCCAUGGUGUGUUGUUUGGACUGGUGAUGAGAGGGUCUUCUUUUAUAAUCCUACCACCCGUCUUUCUAUGUGGGACCGACCUGAUGAUCUGAUUGGAAGGGCGGAUGUUGACAAAAUUAUUCAGGAGCCCCCUCAUAAAAAAGGAAUGGAAGAAGUGAAGAAACUAAGGCACCCAACCCCGACAAUGCUGUCCAUCCAAAAGUGGCAGUUCUCUAUGAGCGCAAUUAAAGAAGAACAAGAAUUAAUGGAAGAAAUGAAUGAAGAUGAACCUGUUAAAGCCAAAAAACGGAAGAGAAUGUCAAAGAAGUCCUUUAUGUGGAUUGCCCGAGCUUCUCUAUUUAGGAGAGACGAUAAUAAAGACAUUGAUUCAGAGAAAGAAGCUGCCAUGGAAGCUGAAAUUAAAGCUGCCCGAGAAAGGGCCAUUGUCCCUCUGGAGGCCCGAAUGAAGCAGUUCAAGGACAUGCUGCUAGAGAGAGGGGUGUCUGCUUUUUCAACAUGGGAGAAGGAGUUACACAAGAUAGUUUUUGAUCCUCGGUACUUAUUGCUUAAUCCAAAAGAGAGAAAACAGGUAUUUGAUCAGUAUGUAAAGACCAGGGCAGAGGAAGAACGCAGGGAAAAGAAAAACAAAAUAAUGCAAGCCAAGGAAGAUUUCAAAAAAAUGAUGGAAGAAGCAAAAUUUAAUCCAAGAGCUACUUUUAGUGAAUUUGCAGCCAAGCAUGCUAAAGAUUCAAGAUUCAAAGCAAUUGAAAAGAUGAAAGAUCGAGAAGCCUUGUUUAAUGAAUUUGUGGCAGCUGCAAGGAAAAAAGAGAAAGAAGAUUCGAAGACCAGAGGUGAGAAGAUAAAAUCAGAUUUCUUUGAACUAUUAUCUAAUCAUCACUUGGACAGUCAGUCUCGAUGGAGCAAAGUAAAAGACAAAGUAGAAAGUGAUCCACGUUACAAAGCAGUGGAUAGUUCAUCAAUGAGAGAAGACCUUUUCAAACAGUACAUUGAAAAAAUAGCCAAGAAUUUAGACACAGAAAAAGAAAAGGAGCUUGAAAGGCAAGCCCGCAUUGAGGCAAGCCUCCGAGAAAGAGAAAGAGAGGUGCAGAAGGCUCGUUCAGAACAAACAAAAGAAAUAGAUCGAGAGAGAGAACAGCACAAACGAGAAGAAGCUAUCCAGAAUUUCAAGGCUCUUCUGUCUGAUAUGGUACGUUCUUCAGAUGUGUCCUGGUCUGAUACUCGGAGGACUCUUCGGAAAGAUCACCGCUGGGAAUCUGGAUCCUUGUUGGAAAGAGAGGAGAAAGAGAAGCUUUUUAAUGAACACAUUGAAGCACUUACCAAAAAGAAGAGGGAGCACUUUAGGCAACUUUUGGAUGAAACUUCUGCAAUUACCUUAACAUCCACGUGGAAAGAAGUAAAAAAAAUCAUUAAGGAAGAUCCUCGGUGCAUUAAGUUCUCCUCCAGUGACAGGAAAAAACAAAGAGAAUUUGAAGAAUACAUCAGAGACAAAUACAUCACAGCCAAAGCUGACUUCAGGACGCUUUUGAAAGAGACCAAAUUUAUAACAUAUAGAUCCAAAAAGCUAAUCCAGGAAUCUGAUCAGCACCUGAAAGAUGUAGAAAAAAUUUUGCAGAAUGACAAACGGUAUCUAGUACUAGACUGUGUGCCAGAGGAGAGGCGCAAACUGAUUGUGGCAUAUGUGGAUGACCUGGAUCGCCGGGGUCCACCCCCACCUCCCACAGCAUCAGAGCCCACAAGACGAUCAACAAAAUAAUUCUGAAUACUCUUCCACAGGGGUGUCUGUUAAUUCAAAACGCUUGCAUGAGCCAAUUUUCAGGUUUUUACAUGUAUGUGCAUUAGUCAAACUAUUGCAAAACCAUCUGAUGAACAGAAGGAGAAGCAUCCGUGAACAGUUUCUGAACAGAGAACACUUUGGAAAUAUUUAUGCUUUUCUUUGUGUGGCAUGACUGACUUGCAUACUCAAAUAUAGGCUGUCUCUAGUAAAUCUAAAAUCUUGAAGCUAAAAAAUUAUCCUUUUAUGAGGUGUGGAAGUCAGUGACUUUUGGUGACGUUCUUUCUAGCAGUGUUAUAAUACAUGCAAGACGUAAGAGCAUUUGUGGUUUGAACUUGCAAGAUGCAGAUACCACAGACUCCAAAAAAACCUAAGUUGGGGUUUGUUUUGUUUUGAUUUUGUUUUUUAAAGCGGGUAAAAGACAAAACACUGAAAAUUGAAUUCUUAUCUUCCAGAGGCUAAGAUUAUUAUAAUGGACAUACUUUUACCUUUGUCUCUAAAGAACACUUUAGUUUUAUUUGUUCACUUAUGUGCUUUGAUUAUCCCCUUUGAAUUAUAGGCCAAGUCUUGUUGUUUAGCCUAAGAGAAGAUUUAUUUAGUAAUUUCUUCUCAGGUAUGGAACCACGGUCAUAACUAACAUGUUGACCAGACUAGGACUGCUGGUUAAAAACAUUUUAUUCACCAUUAAGUGAUCUUUAUCAAUAUUCUGGAUUAGACAACAAAUUACCUUUCUUGGGUGUUCCCUGUAAACUGUACUCCUAUUUGAAUGUUAAAUUUUUGUUUCUAAAGUUUAAUUUUAAGAUGUUUGAAUGUUCAGUUUAUGUAUUUGAACUACAAUAAACCAACCCUUUUUAUAUA